GUAGUCUCGUAUGAGAGAACAACACACAGAAAACAGAUACCCACACUUCCUCCCAACAACAGAAGCCACUGAGAGAGAACAAGAGAGACGCUCUGAAAGCCUCGCAGAGAAGCCAAGAGCUGGAGUUUGGGCUGUAAAGUAGAGAGAAAAGCAAGCGAGAGAAAUGAAGGGUCUAACUUUGCUCCUUUUUGCUGGCUUGAUGUUUAUUCAAAGAUCGACUGCUGCUGAUCUGUCGAUUAGUGCAACCACAAAUUCAGACUCUGCUGAAUUAAGAUGCAAUAAUGGCAAGUGGCAGAAAGAUAACCUGGAAAAGCCAUUUAACGUUCAGUACACUGAAGACCGAAAUGAAAUACAAACCUGCAUGGAGGAUGGUGAAGAACCUGAGAAAUUUACGCAGAUUUUAGUCAGAGUCAGAACCUGUAAAAACUGCAUUGAAAUGAAUAUUGCGGCCAUCGCCGCCAUCGCUACAGGCAACAUACUGGCAACCAUCCUCAUUGGAGUGGCUGUGUACUCCCUGACUGCCCAGCCUAAGGGCAAGAGCUUCUCCGGCAACAAAGCUUCAGAUAAAGAGCAUCUAAUACGGAAUGGAGAUGGAGACACGUAUCAGCCGUUGGCUCCGGGUCAAAAGUCUGAGUACCAGACUCUGGGAGGAGCCAGGAGGAAAUGAACUUCACCAGAACCUUGAUUGUCGCCGUCGUCGUCAUCAUCAUAAUCAUCGUAAUCCUCAUAAUCGCCGUCAUCAUGAAUUCCAAAUGAUAACGUCUUUAGAUUUUAAUUCUGAGUCUGCUGGUAACAUGAGUACAUCUUAUUACUAGUGAUACUGUUCAUUCAGUUUCUUCCUUUCUUGAUUUCUGUUUAUAUAAAUACUUCUAGUUCUUACUUUCUUUUUAUCUGAAAAAUAAUAUGUUAAUACUUGUUAAUAAUUUGCUGUUCUUGAAAUAUUUUCUCUGAGCAAUUUUCAAAAUUUCAUGCUUUCAGGUGUACUUCACACGUGCAGUAAUUUCAGUUACUUUUUGUCUGUUUGGCCAAUCAAUGCUUAAUAUAUAUUUUUUUACAAUUUGUAAAAAACAAACUACCUUAAUAAAUUCCUCCUAGUAAUCAUGUAA